AAAAGUAGAAGGUAAAUGGAUAAUAUAGAAAAAGUAAAAGAAUAUAUAAUUGCUACGUUAUCGAUGUAGAUCCCCUCACGUAACAAAUAAGAGCGAAUAAUUAAAAUUAUGAGAAUAAAAAUUAAGGGAGCGCUCCAUCAAUUUAUUGCAUCUUCCUUAUUGUUAGCGUAUCUUCCUCGCUUUGGGCCUGUGGGAGCGCCGCCAGCCAUGGCUUCCCUGCUCUUCAAGGACAAGAAAGGUGGCGGGGGAGUCAAUUUCUCCUGCGCCUCCCCAGCCUCCGCCGCUGUCUGUACCAGCAUCGACCUCCGUUCCACCAUCCAUCCCGCCGGCGGCUCUGGCGGCCGCGCCCUCGACCGCCACACGCUGCACCUCCAAGACCCCCGCCGGCGGCCCAAGUCCGCCGCGCCCUCCUCCAUUCCCCAUACGCCAACGAAGCCCAAGACAGUCCGCCCCAAGAGCUCGGAGAAGCUAAGGAGCGGCACGUUGGGCACCCCGGGAUCCAUGAGAUACCUGCUCGGCGGCGAGGAGGACGGCGGCGGCGGCAUCAUUGUCGACGGCGCUUACUUAGAGGAAGGAGGGCGGGAGUUGGCUCCUCUUGUGUCACUAGACCCGCCGACGCUGAAACCGUUGACGAGCGAACUGAUUGGGUCAAAGGCCUGCUCUGUUUCCGCCGCUGCCUUCGCUUCUGCUUCAGAAAGGCAAAACCAGGUUGUGGUGUUGCGAGUGUCAUUGCACUGCAAGGGGUGUGAAGGAAAUGUGAGGAAGCACAUUUCCAAGAUGGAAGGAGUUACAUCUUUUGAGAUCGACUUCACGUCGAAGAAGGUGACGGUGGUGGGCGACGUGACGCCGCUGGGAGUCCUCAACAGCAUAGCCAAGGUGAAGCACGCCCAGUUCUGGUCAUCGCCUGCUCCACCAUCGGAUUUGAUUCCUGGUUACCACAGUAAUUUCAGAGCUUGACUUCUUUUAUAAAAAACAAAAUCUUGCUGAUGACUGUCAACAAUAAGGAAAACGAUGAAUUCAUGGUGAGCAUGGAUGGACCAGGGAGACGGAAGCAGGACGUUGAAUUGUAGGGUAAAAGAAAUAAGAAAAACAGGGGAUGAGUUGAAUUGUUCAGGUUUCAGUGCCGUUUCUUUCUGUCUUGUUUGUUUACUUAGGGAGAUGAAUGUAUAAAUAUCAAUUUACUUGUAGUAGUUUCUUUAGGAUCAGUGCAAUGGUUCAGCUGUGGAGAUGAUGCAUGAAUUUGCAUGGAAA